UCGACGUCGAAGGCCGAAAUCAUUGAACUAUAAGAGCAAAGAGUUAUCCAGACAGAUAAUACACCCACAUCGUAACACAUCUUGAUCAUCGAUUAGGUUCCCAAUUAGUAUUUCUUGCGCCAAGAUGACUAAAGGUCUGACCUUCGAUAUCCGCUACGACAACGAGCUCGCCCAUCAAUACUACGGGGAAGGGGACCAGCUCACUCAAAAGCUCCAAGAUGUCUAUAAAGACAAAAACCUGGAGUUCCCCCAUUAUUUCGAUUCCACACUGACCACCCCACCGAUUCACUUCAUGACGGUCGAGGCGCCUGACGAUGUAGAUGUGGACGGACUGAGGAGUGUGCAUGUCCCUCCAGGCUUGAAUGUCGAAAUUCUCGACUUCGAUUAAAAUGUCUAGUAAAUAGUUGGGAGGACAAAGGAAAUGGAAGCACAGCAGUGUACGUAGUAGUCAAAGAAUCAAAUCUGUACAAAUAAGGAACAGAGAAAUCCAGUGGAGACUUUUGGUGGUCAGCUUCACUCUGGCUUUUCAAGCUUAGCGCCGGUGAUCGGGCC